AUGACUGAUGCAACAAAGAAAUAUACUCUGCGAUUAAAACGAGAUGUGGGAACACUAACCACUCCCGCCCCGUCGCUUUUGUUCCAGCGAACGACUACAGCAGGCGUCUUUCAAGUCGAAAACUACUCUCCUGAUCUGCUUUUUGACAUCCUCGCACCAUCUAAGAUCACUGAUAUCACUAGCAGAGAGAGGACUUACGAUGCGAACAGAAAUGUGACGUUAUCAUGGUCGGCUGUAGGGGAUGAUUUAGACCAAGGAACAGCUGCCUACUACGAGCUCCGUUUCUCAGAUAACUUCACCCAAAUCCGUACCAACUUUACAUCCGCUCCUGCUGUUAACGAUACCGAUCGCAUACUUGGUAACCUCUCCCGAGUCGCUUCAUCUGGUACUCUCGAGUCCAUCACUAUUCUUCUGCCUGGUGAGGACUCAGAGGCUAUCUUUUCAUUCAUGAUAAGAGCCUGGGAUGAGGCUGGCAACGCAGGUCCAUUAUCGAACAUCGUAUCUGUCGCAAGACGUUCCCUACCCCCGACUACCAUGUCGACUACCAUUCUGAACUCGACAUCGGAACCACUAUCCACACAAUUACCUGGAGUAGCACUACCAAUAUGGGCUAUCAUUUCAUUAUCAUGCGUUGCACUCCUCAUCAUACUCGCUGUUUCCAUUAUACUCGGUGAAAUGUGUGGGCGUCGCGCACCUAAGAAUGCAAGGAGGUCGGAUAAUGAUCACACUAAUGCUGCUUAUGUGUUUGGUGAUCCAUGAAGUUACUAGGCUAGUAACUCCAUGGAUGA